GAGGGUUUUACCUCCGUGUUUUCAGUGUUCCUGACCUGAGUUUCAGUUUUCUGAUCGUGAUGUUUAUUGAAGAUCAUGGCCAGAAACACUUCUCUCUACUUUCGCAUCGUCGAGGGACGAGAUCUGCCUGCAAAAGACGUUUCUCGGUCCAGUGAUCCGUACUGCAUCGUCAAAGUUGACAAUGAAGUCGUGGCCAGAACCGCCACCAUCUGGAAGAACCGAAACCCAUUCUGGGGCGAGGAAUACACCCUUAACCUGCCGAAGGGCUUCCAUACGCUCACCGUUUACGUCAUGGAUGAAGACACCAUCGGUCAUGAUGAUGUAAUUGGUAAAAUCUCCCUGAGUAAAGACCUGAUCGCCGCUCAACACAAAGGUUUGGAUAACUGGCUGAAUCUGACACGUGUGGAUCCAGAUGAAGAGGUUCAGGGUGAGAUUCGUUUGGCUCUGGAGCUGCACAGAGACGCUCAGAGAAGCAGUCUGCACUGUCACGUCAUCGAGGCCCGUGAUUUGGCGCCGCGUGAUAUCUCCGGUACCUCUGAUCCCUUCACCAGAAUCAUCUACAACAACCUCAGCGCUGAGACAUCGAUCAUAAAGAAGACGCGCUUCCCGCACUGGGAUGAGACGCUGGAGUUGAGUUUGGAUGAAGGUGAUGAUGAUGAUGAAGGUGGACGCGUGACGGUGGAGGUCUGGGACUGGGACAUGGUGGGCAAGAACGACUUCCUGGGAAAGGUGGAGAUCCCUCUCUCGUGUCUGCACAGAUCUCCGCUGCAGGGCUGGUUUCGUUUGCUGCCGCUGGGAAACACAGAGGACGACGCCAGAGGUAAGCUGGGUGCUCUGCGUCUGAAGGUGCGUUUGACCGAGGACAGGAUUCUUCCGUCUGUGUGCUAUCAGCCUCUGACCGAGCUGCUGGUGGACGCCGUCAUCUCGCCAUCAAAGGUGGACGAGCCCUCGCCGCUGACUCUGCUGGAGGAGGUGACGACGGUGGAGAGCAGGCAAGACGUGGCCAUGACACUGGUCAAGAUCUACCUGGGUCAGGGUCUGGUCGUGCCAUUCCUGGACUACCUCAACACCAGAGCGGUCCACAGCACCACAGAUCCAAACACACUCUUCCGGUCCAACUCACUGGCCUCCAAAGCCAUGGAGCAGUUCAUGAAGGCUGUCGGGAUGCUGUAUCUACACCAAGUUCUGAAGCCCAUUAUCAACCGCAUCUUUGAGGAAAGGAAAUACGUGGAGUUGGAUCCAUGCAAGAUAGACCUCAACCGCUCCAGGCGUAUCUCGUUUAAAGGCUUGUCGUCGGCGGCUGAGGUCAGGAAGAGCAGCGUGGGGCUCCUGAAGACGUAUCUGAGCAGCAUCAUGGAGGCCAUCGUCAGCUCGGUGUCCCAGUGUCCUCCUGUGAUGAGAGUCGUCUUCAAACAGCUCCAUAAACGUGUGGAGGAACAGUUUCCAGAACCUGAGAACGAGGAUGUGAAGUAUUUGGCCAUCAGUGGCUUCUUCUUCCUGCGUCUGUUUGCUCCUGCGAUUCUGACGCCCAAACUCUUCCAGCUGAGAGAGCAUCACGCAGACGCCAGGACCAGCAGAACGCUGCUGCUGCUCGCUAAGGCUCUGCAGAGCGUGGGGAACCUGGGCCUUCAGCUGGGUCAUGGGAAGGAGCAGUGGAUGACCCCUCUGCAUCCCAUCAUCCUUUGCAGCGUGGCGUCCGUCAAAGAUUUCCUGGAUAAACUCAUAGACAUCGAUCACGACAACGUGUGUGGAGCUCCUCAGCGCGCCGUGUUUUUGCCGUCAGUCAUCGUGAAGGAAGGGUUCCUGCAGAAACACAAAGCUGAAGGACCUCAGCUGCUCAAAUGCUUUGCUUUUAAGAAACUAUAUUUCUGGCUGAGUUCAGAGUCGCUGUCGUAUGCCAAGAGCCCCAGCUGGCAGGUUCGCUCCUAUAUUUCCAUAGCAUGUGUGUGUGCGGUGGAGCGUGUGGAUGAAAAUGCCUUUCAGCUCCAGAAUGUCAUGCAGGUCAUUACACAGGACACAGAUGGACAACUACACACCACAUACCUGCUGUGCAAGAAUGUAAAUGAGCUCAAUCAGUGGCUGUCGGCGAUCAGGAAGGUCAGUAUUUAUAAUGAACACAUGCUGCCGUCGUUUCACCCCGGAGCUCAUCGAGGAAACAAAUGGACCUGCUGCCUUCAGCCCGACCGCACCGCGUCAGGCUGCAGUCGGACUCAUUCGGCCGUGACUCUGGGAGACUGGAGCGACCCGUUGGAUCCUGAUGCUGAAACACAGAUCAUUUAUAAAGAGCUGCUGCAGGGCCGAGACAAACUCAGGAAGCAGUACCUGGAGACACAGGAAGUGGAGGCAGAGGAACAGGAAGUGCCGCUGAAGGCCAGUCAGCCGUCAUCAGUGUCUGCCCAGGGCCGAUCUCAGCGCGCUCGAGCCCUCGCCGCUCGUCUGCUGGACGCUGUGCUGGAUUUAGAGCGAGCGCAUUCGUCCUUCCAGAGCCGAGAAGCAGACGAGAGCCUGAGCUCAUAGAGACCUCGAACUCACUCGAACUGGAAAAUCAGAUUAUGCAGUGUUUUCCAAUCAAACUCCAGAUAUUGAUGGAUGUCA